AUGUCAAACUCUGAAGAUCGCCGCAAAAGUUCGAAGAAGUUGAUUAACGAAGUCCUACGACAGGUGGUUUCCAAUGAGAAAAUAGAGCAAAUUAGAAAUCGACCACAAAAGAAUGCUACCGAAAAAUUCAAGGAAAAUCAUGCAGUUGCCGAAGAACUUAAAAAGCAAAUUGCCGAACUAUCUCAUAUUCGAAAAACCGAAACUGUUGCAACAAGAAUUCAGAAAAUCGAUUUAGCUGUUGCAACAUUGCAAGAACAAUCGAAACCUUUGAGAAAAGCUUUGAACUCGGGAUUAUACUCAACAGAUACUGAACUUAUGGAACUCGUUGCUCAAACGACCCGUGAAACUCUGCUUGAAAUCGGAUCAAGUGCCGCUAUUGAUCCAGUUGAAGUUGGAAUGAAGAUUUCUGUUGCACUGAAACAAGUCUCUGCUGCUGCCAAACAUUACGUGCCAGAUAAAACUGAAUGGUGUGACGAGUGGAUCGUUGAUGAAGAUAUGGAACAAGUGGAUGAGCUGUACAACGACAUGUAUAGAGAUACUAAUAUUUCUGAAUCUCAUCGUUUUGCUGCACCACUCGGGUAUUUCCAUCGAUAUGGCCGUGAACUACAUUUGUUCAGUAAGAGUGUUCUACCAGAUUCCAAACAACACAGGGAAGCUAUUAUCAGACCUGCAGUUUAUCCAUUCAACGUUGAUGUUGAUUUCAUUCUGCAACUUGUCGAUGUGGAUCGCGCUGAAAAGCAGAAAAAGGUUCGCGAAAAGGCUGAGAAGGGAUCCAGAAAGAAAGAGAAAGCGGAACUGGUCAAAGUGAACGAUAAAGUAAACCAAGCUGAUAAUGUACAGAGCGAAGAAGUAUCUAUUUCGAGAGAACUCAAGCAUGUACUGAGUGUAUUCAAGAAAGAGCUCAAAAAAAGACAGACAGACAAACUGUCAUACUACGAAUUCGUCACAAAUCCCAAAAGUUUUUCACGGACGGUCGAAAAUAUGUUUUAUGUAUCCUAUCAAAUGCGUGAUCGCGAAAUGUUUCUUGUUGAAGAAGAUGGUGUUCCAAUUCUCAAGAGACCUGGACCAUGGGCAAACGAUCAAGAAAGAAAGCAGGCUGAAAAGGAAAAUUCAACCCAUGGUGUGAUGUCACUUAGCUAUGAAGAAUGGAAGCUUCUUUCUCGAGGAUUCAAGUCAUCUAUUAUUGAACCGUUAGAUUAG